GCCUUUACCUGUAGACAUUCAGAACUUUGGGAAAUGGGCGUUUGCGGCUAAAAUAAACAGCGCCGACGCGAUUUAAGAGCUUAUGUUUGUGUUUUGAUGCGCCGAGAGAGAAAAAGUAAAGACAAAGACAUGAGAAAAAUAAACUAAAGAGUUUAAGAAAGUGAACGCGUUUAAAGUUUUGUUUUAGCCGAAGCGGCGUCUCGUGGUAAACAAUGGGAUGUUGUAGCAGCUCAGAGAGCAAGCGUGACUGGAAACCGCUGGAGGAGCGCAGCUGCACGGACAUCCCAUGGCUCAUCGUAUACACGCUGUUUUGUAUCGGGAUGGCUUGUAUUUGUGGCUUCGCCAUCGCCACAGGAGGUGCCUCCAGGAUCAUCUCAGGAUAUGACAGUUACGGCAACAUUUGCGGUCAGAAAAACGCCAAGAUCGACGGCGUCCCCCUCAGUGGCCAGGACAUGACGAAAAACAAGAAUGUUUUCUUUUUAGAUCCUUGCAACCUCGACUUCAUCAACAGGAAGAUCCAGUCCAUCGCCCUGUGUGUUUCAAAAUGUCCAGCGACUGAACUGAAGACGUACAACGACGUCAAGCAGUUUGCUUUGAAUAAUGACUCUCACCUCUGCUCUUAUGAUAUCCUUGCCGCAAGAUACACAAACCAUCCGGACAGAUUCACUAAAUGCCCAAAACUCCCUGUUCCACCAAGUAAGGCUGUUCCGCUUCUCCGCCGCUGUAUUCCCGUGGACAUCAGCUGCUACGCUGAGUUUGCCCAGGCGUUCAUCACCUUUGUCAACGACAACACCGUGCUGCGGCGGGUCAUUGCUGGAGUGAUGGCCAGCAAGGAGAUCAUCAUGGGCCUCUGCAUGCUGGCCUUAGUUCUCUCCUUGAUCAUGAUGGUUGUAAUUCGUUACAUCUCCAAAGUUCUGGUGUGGAUUCUCACAAUUCUGGUCAUCAUCGGCUCCAUAGGGGGAACAGGGGUCCUUUGGUGGCUGUAUGCCGACCACAGAAAAGCCGUUAAGACAAACACCACAACAGUGUUUGGGCGAGAAGUGGCUGAAGACAACGUCAAGGCGUUGCUUAUUUAUGCGAUAGUUGCGACAGUUUUCACGGUGGUUCUCCUGCUGGUGAUGUUCUUCAUGAGGAAGCGAGUGGCUCUCACCAUCUCCCUCUUCCAUGUUGCGGGGAAAGUGUUCAUCCAUCUUCCCCUGCUGGCCCUGCAGCCUUUCUGGACCUUUCUCUGCCUCAUGCUGUUCUGGGUCUACUGGAUCGCCGUGCUCCUCUUCCUCGGGACUUCAGGAACAGCAGUAAAGAACAAUUCUACAGGUGUGGUGGAGUAUCACAUGCAAGGGCCUCUGCAGUACAUGGUGUGGUAUCACGCUGUGGGCCUCAUCUGGAUCAGUGAGUUCAUCCUGGCCUUCCAGCAGAUGACCAUCGCUGGAGCUGUGGUCACCUACUACUUCACAAGGAAUAAAUCCCAGUUGCCCGCAACGCCCCUGCUCUCUUCAAUGAUACGCACCGUCCGCUACCACCUGGGCACCCUGGCCAAGGGAUCCUUCAUCAUCACCCUGGUGAAGAUUCCCCGGCUCAUCCUGACGUACAUCCACAGCCAGCUCAAAGGAAAGGAGAACGCGUGCGCACGCUGUAUGCUGAAAGCCUGCGUCUGCUGCUUGUGGUGUCUGGAGAAGUGUUUGGCGUACUUAAAUCAGAACGCUUACACCGCGACAGCCAUCAACAGCACAAGCUUCUGCACCUCGGCCCGCGAUGCGUUCAUCAUCCUGGUGGAGAACGCGCUCCGAGUGGCGGCCAUCAACACCGUCGGCGACUUCGUCCUCUUCCUGGGGAAGAUUCUCGUGGUGUCCUGCACGGCCUUUGCUGGCGUUCUGGCUCUGAACUACCAGAGGGAAUACACGGUGUGGGUGCUGCCGCUCCUCAUCGUCUGUCUGUUCGCCUUCCUGGUGGCGCAUUGCUUCCUCUCGGUGUUCGAGAACGUGGUGGACGUCCUCUUCCUCUGCUUCGCCGUGGACACAAAGUACAACGACGGCAGUUCCGGCCGAGAGUACUACAUGGACAAGGCUUUGAUGGAAUUUGUUGAAAACAGUAAGAAAGGAGGUCGGUACAAGGCAGAUGAUGGAGACGGACGGGAGAUGAAACCCAUGGCACGCGGAGGAACUUUAGCUUGAGCCAAGUUUUAGACGGACCGCCAAACAACUAAAAAUCCUCCUGGUCCUAAUUCAGACGUACCAGCCUAACUCUGCAGCAGCUUCACAUAGAAAAUGGUUUACUGUGUACACAAGCCUGACCUGGUUUCAGCUAAAAUACACACUGAAAUACACACUGGCUCUUCCUGUGAGAAAGAGAGUUGGAAAUUUUAAGGUUUGACACUGACAGAUUUAAUCUAAAAGAACAAUUUCUGGUUGUGUUUUAUUAACAAUAAGACAGUCUUCCUAGUUUGUGGCGAUAUAACAUGGUUUGACAUGUCUGUUUUUCGUGUUUACACGCAGUAAAUCAGGUUUCCUGUAGUUUGAAUCAUUAAGUGUACUUUGAAACAGAUGCCUCACGAUGUUUUGUCAAAAACUGUUUAUGACUUAUUAAAAUUUUUUUAUGAAAAUGAAAGUUA